AUGGGCGGCAGCAGGUGGGCGAGGCCCCUGCCCAGCGAUGGACAGGGAUCUGGCCGGGUGCUGGCAGCCUCUGUACCUGCCGGGCCUGCACACCUGGGCACCGCGGGCCCCAUCCGGGUGCUGACUCUGCUCGCGUUUCUGCCCGCAGUGUCCACGAAGGACCUGAUCGAGACGUGCUGCGCAGCCGGGCAGCAGUGGGCCAUCGACAGUGACGAGUGCCUGGACAUCCCCGAGAGCAGCGCCGAGAGUGACGUGUGCAGGACGGCCCAGAAGCACUGCUGUGUGUCCUACUUGAAGGAGAAGAGCUGCAUGGCUGGCGUGCUGGGCGCCAAGGAGGGCGAGGCCUGCGGGGACGAGGACAACGACACCUGCGGCGUCUCCCUGUACAAGCAAUGCUGUGACUGCUGCGGCCUGGGGCUCCGCGUGCGGGCUGAGGGCCAGUCCUGUGAGUCCAACCCCAACCUCGGCUACCCCUGCAACCAUGUCAUGCUCUCCUGCUGUGAGGGCGAAGACCCCCUCAUUGUGCCCGAGGUCCGCCGGCCUCCAGAGCCUGAGGCCGCACCACGGAGAGUCUCAGAGGCAGAGCUGGCGAGCCGGGAGGCCCUGUCGCUGGGCACGGAGGCCGAGCUGCCCAACAGCCUGCCGGGCGACGACCAGGACGAGUGCCUGCUCCUGCCGGGGGAGCUGUGCCAGCACCUGUGCAUCAACACGGCGGGCGCCUACCGCUGCGCCUGCUUCCCCGGCUUCUCGCUGCAGGGUGACGGCCGCACCUGCCGCCCAGAUGGCGGCCCCUCCAAGCCGGAGGCCGCAGAGGAGUCUGUGCAGAGGCCCGAGUCCUCCCAGGAGGCCCCCAACACCAUCCCGUUGUCCGUGCCGCAUCCCAACAUCUGCCAAGACAACGGGCCCUGCAAGCAGGUCUGCAGGGUCGUCGGGGACGCGGCCGUGUGCUCCUGCUUGCCUGGCUUCGCCAUCAUGGCGGACGGCGUGUCCUGUGAAGACCAAGAUGAGUGCCUGCUGGGCGCUCACGAUUGUAACCGGCGACAGUUCUGUGUGAACACCCUGGGAUCCUUCUACUGUGUCAACCACACAGUGGUCUGUGCUGAGGGCUUUAUCCUCAACAUGCACAGGAAGUGUGUGGACAUCAAUGAGUGCGUGACAGACCUGCACACGUGCAGCCGCGGCGAGCACUGUGUGAACACGGUGGGCUCCUUCAUCUGCUACAGGGCCCUGAGCUGCCAGCCAGGGUACAAGGUCGAGGAGGGCCGGUGUACAGACGUGGACGAGUGUGAGCUGGGCACGCACAACUGCCCGGCGGGCGCCGUGUGCCAUAACACCGAGGGCUCCUUUCGCUGCCAGGCUCGGGAGCGCUGCCUGGAGGGCUUCCUGCAGGACCCCGAGGGCAACUGCGUGGACAUCAAUGAGUGCACGUCUCUCUCCGAGCCGUGUCGGUCCGGCUUCAACUGCAUCAACACGGUGGGCUCCUACACGUGCAGACGGAGCCUGGUGAUCUGUGGACGUGGCUACCACGCCAGCGAGGAUGGGACCAAGUGUGUGGACGUGAACGAGUGUGAGACGGGUGUGCACCGCUGCGGCGAAGGCCAGGCGUGCCACAACCUCCCCGGCUCCUACCGCUGCGACUGCAAGCCUGGCUUCCAGCGGGACGCCUUCGGCCGCGCCUGCAUCGACGUGAACGAGUGCUGGACCUCACCCACGCGUGUCUGCCAGCACACGUGCGAGAACACGCUGGGCUCCUACCGCUGUUCCUGCGCCUCCGGCUUCCUGCUGGCGGCCGACGGCAAGCACUGUGAAGAUGUGAACGAGUGUGAGGCCCAGCGCUGCAGCCAGGAAUGCGCCAACAUCUACGGCUCCUACCAGUGCUACUGCAGGCACGGCUACCAGCUGGCCGAGGACGGGCACACCUGCACAGACAUUGACGAGUGCACCCAGGGCGUCGGCGUCCUCUGCACCUUCCACUGCAUCAACGUGCCGGGGAGCUACCAGUGCGCGUGCCCGGAGCCCGGCUACACCAUCACGGCCAACGGCAGGUCCUGCAAGGACCUGGACGAGUGCGCGCUGGGCACCCACAACUGCUCCGAGGGUGAGACCUGCCAUAACGUCAAGGGUGGCUUCCGCUGCCUGCGCUUCGACUGCCCUCCGAACUACGUCCGAGUCUCCGAAAUGAAAUGCGAGCGCACACAGUGCCACGACUUCCUGGAGUGCCAGAACGCGCCCGCGCGCAUCACGCACUACCUCCUCAACUUCCAGACCGGGCUGCUGGUGCCUGCACACAUCUUCCGCAUCAGCCCCGCGCCCGUCUUCGCCGGCGACACCAUCGCGCUGACCAUCACCAGGGGCAACGAGGAGGGCUACUUCGGCACGCGCCGCCUCAACGCCUACACGGGCGUGGUCUUCCUGCAGCGCGCCGUGCGCGAGCCGCGCGACUUCGCGCUGGACGUGGAGAUGAAGCUCUGGCGGCAGGGCUCCGUCACCACCUUCCUGGCCAAGAUGCACAUCUUCUUCACCACCUUUGCCCUGUGAGGCGGCGCCCGCCGUGGGCAGCGCGUGGAGCCCGGGUCCCCCCGCUGGUCCGGCGCCCUGGCCGCGCGCCCACCUCCGCGCUCCCGCCGGCCGCGUGGGGGACCGGCGCUGUGGCAGGUUUCCUCCGACGCUGUAAAUUAACUUAAUUUCGCUGACUUCCUUCCUCGCGGUCUGGCCUCUCCUGGCCCCAGGACGGGGCUUUAAGGGCAGUUGCAGGCCAUCGCUGGUGCCCCGUGGAAGGGGUCGGAGGAUCGGAGGCUGGACAUGGCGACCGAGACUGGAAACCACGUUGGAGCUUUGGACUCAACUGGGUGACCUGUCCCCAACGAUGAUAUUCUGUUUCAUGUUACACUGUGAUUAGUUCUUUACUUUUUUUUUUAAGAUCAUUUUUGUGUUUUUGUUUAAUUAUGAAAGUAGCACCUAUAUAUUACAAAUAUAUAUAUAUUCAAAUAGUUCCAAAGGGUUAUAAAGUAAAAAAGUGAAAAAAGAAA